CUAGCGCGCCAAAAUUAAUACAGGGUACACAGAGACUAGUAUGUUAGGCUCAUUCAAUAUGUAAGGCAAUAAAGUGAACCACCUGGACCUACCAUAUGUACUGAAAAAUGAAAAUGUUAAAAGUGAAAAAAAUCUUUUUCAAAUCAUAUCUAAAGAAAGUGGUUUAUCAAUAAUGGUGUGUGAAAAACAAUUUACUUACAUAACAUACAAUCCUUGACGAUCAAGUACUUUGUUCCAGUUUUUGGCCCUCUAUGUAUUAGGAAUAAAUUAGUGAUAAAAUGGAGUUAAUGCAACCACCCUCGGUUCAGGAUUAUAAGAACGAAGAUGAUUCGGAUUCAGACGUUUCCGAAGAUUCUGCAGGUGGACCUGACCUAGCUCAGUAUGCGGGAAAGAAACAUAUAAAUCGAGGAAGAUGGAAUAAGGAAGAAGAUGAAAAAUUGAAACGAUUAGUUGAGAUUAAUGGAGAACGGUGGGACUUCAUCGCCAGUCAUUUUCCUGACCGGGCAGACGUUCAGUGCCAGCAUAGAUGGCAGAAGGUUGUCAAUCCAGAACUAGUCAAAGGGCCUUGGACCAAAGAGGAGGAUGAAAAAGUGAUAGAACUUGUUAAAAAAUACGGUCCUAAACGAUGGACCUUAAUAGCUAAGCAGCUAAAGGGACGUAUUGGGAAGCAGUGUCGUGAACGGUGGCAUAAUCAUCUUAAUCCGGAGAUAAAGAAAACAGCUUGGACAGAAGAGGAGGAUAGAAUUAUAUUCAAUGCUCACAAACAGUGGGGGAAUCAGUGGGCUAAGAUUGCUAAACUUAUCCCUGGAAGAACGGAUAAUGCGAUUAAGAAUCACUGGAAUAGCACGAUGAAAAGAAAAUAUGAGGAGCAGGACGGACUUACGGAUUCUGGCGGAAAGAGUGCUCGGAAACCCAGAAAAUCUUCCGGAAUCAGGGUUUCCGUAAAUUCAACUGUGAUAGGGGGAACCCUGAUACCCCAGGGAGGAAUGGCGAGGAAGGAUGUAUCUUCUCUUUACGGGAACGCGGUCGGACAGUCUAUGCAGCAGUACACCAUCAUGGGAGGCUCCCAUCAGGUUGGAUAUCCUCAUCAACCCCAGUAUCACCGGGCUCCAAUGUCAACCUGGAACCCUCCGGUCUACAACCAGCAACAACAACAACAGCAGCAGCAGCAACAGGAGACGGUCCAGUGGUCCAACCAGGUGUUUAAACAGGAAACCUUCAAGGUAGAACCUAUUGAUCCUCUUCUACCUGAUCAUAAUUACAACGAGAACACACCACCGCAUCAUCAUCAACAGCAUCAUCAGCAUCAACAACAACAGCAGCAACAUCAUCAACAUCAACAGGAGGAUCCGGAGUUUCAACAUCUUUUCUCUCCUCUUAAAUAUUUGAAUGAUUUGGAUUAUGAUUUACACUACGGCGGGUUAGGAGUAACUCCUCUACCCCUUCAUGGUCAGGUUCGACCUAUCAAGGUAGAACAAGAUACUUGGAACUCUAUGGACUCGAACGACGAGCAUAGUUCACACAACAUAUCUUCGACUCCGCCAAUUUUACGGCGGAGGGCUCGGAAAAGGGAGGCGGACGAUCACGAGUUUCUUCAGAGUCCAAAUCUAUCCUUUGAUAUGACCGGCAGCUUGACUUCAACCCCAACCCAUUCUGGUUUAGUAAACGCUGCGUCCUCCUUAAACCUCUUGUCACAGUCCACGCCUUUGUCCCACAUGAAACCCCAGCAGCAGGGUUCCCUUCUCACUACCCCAACCUUGGUCACAGAUAUGUCAGCUCACAGUACUCCUAAAAUACAGAAAUUUUCCCCUGAACGGAAUCAGACCCGGAACACUGAAGCUCCGCGGACUCCAACCCCGUUUAAGAGAGCGCUGGCCGAGGUGUACAGGGGCAGGGAACCGCUCUCCAACACCCCCCAGACACCCAACAAACGGGUGGAAGAUAUUACGGAGAUUAUUAAGAAGGAUAUGCAGGACUUUACGGAUAGUUUUAACAACUCCGGAGACCAUCAGACACUUCAAGACAGUGGAUAUGGUGGGACGGAUAAGAGAAAUUAUAACGGCAGAUUGAGUGAGGACGGAGGAGACAAGGAGAAUUCAAGUCCACACAAGAGAGGAGCAAGGAAGGCUCUAGCUGCAAGAUGGUCUACCCCUGCAACCCUCUCCAAUAUGAUGUUUGGAUCUGCCGGAGAUCAGUCUUUAAUAAACCCGGAGACUCCGAGUAAAUCCCUCCUAGGAACAGAUUCCUCCAGCUCCAUGCUCUUCAGUCCUCCAUCCAUACUCAAGGAAACUUUACCAGAUCCUCCCAACAUGAACCCUCUCCUGCAAUCCAGCUCAGACGAGAAAUCUCCUCCGACUUCUAAGUUGGAUGUAAGGUGGAACAUGAUUGCUUGUGGGAAGACGAAACCUAGUAUAGAGAUGACCGAACAUGCUCGUCAGUAUUUAUCAGGGAUCAAACCUAGAUCCCUGAACCUCUAGUAUCAGGGAUCAAACCUAGAUCCUUAAACUAGUAUCUGGGAUCAAACCAAGAUCCCUAAACCUCCAGUAUCCGGGAUCAAACCUUGAUCCCUGAACCUCCUGAAGCUGGGAUAAAACCUCAAGUAAACUCUAGUAUCAGCUCAACAUUGUCAGGGCUACACAACUAGUACUCUACCUAAAGAACCAGUGAACUUCAUUUGUCAAAAAAAAACUCUGUUCGACCACUGUUCUGUAGUGAGGAAUACUAGAUAAUGGGUUAGCUGUUAGCUUCAUACAUGAAGAUUAGUUGGAAGUUUGGAGACCUAGUCCCUAGAUCCAACCAACUUUUAGACACUAACUCUAACUUGGUGGAGGACUAUUAUAAACUUUGUGAAUAUUCGAGUAUUCAUCCUGAACCUACAGAUCUUGGCCUUGUUGCCUCUUCACAGUAAAGUUGAUUCAACAACCCGGGAAUAAAUAUAUUUCAGCAUUAGUCAAGAAACCCACGUUUUUUUUCGAAAUGUUUUUCUGUCCAAUUAUGUUUGGACACUUUUUGGUUUCUUAAUACUCGUUGUUUGUUGUGUUAACCGCUGGAGUGAGUUCAAGUUUGUAAUUAAGCCAGGUAUUUAAACUCGAUGCUUGAAAUUUUAAAGUUUAAGUUUAAACUUUGUUCUCUCUUCAUCAAGGUUAAGAUGCUGGAGAAGGGGGGGAGUCAGGCGUACUCUUGAAAAAGGAACAGAGUCGUAGCCACAAACUUUGAGUUUCUAAUCCAUAAAUCAUAACAACAAAUUGCGUAAAUGUUAGAAUUUAUUACAAACUAUGAAUUCUGUUAGAUCAAAUAGCCUUAAGUUUGAAAUAUAAAAUCAGGUUACAAUGACAUAGGGAUUAGAAAAUUUGAGUUUAUUUCUUCCAAACUUAGAUUAGGCACCCCUGUUUCCCAGUACACUUCUGUAUAUACUAUAUAUCUCACCCCUGAACUCCCCCUAUUCCAACUUCCUAUACAAUUUCACGGGUAUUCGGUCUCACAAAUAGUUGGUUUAUCCUCCCUUCGGACAUUCAAUAUACUGUACACAAUCACGUUCUACACUCUUCUAUAUUCAUUAUGUAAUCCAUGUAUUCUGUAUUCUAACCUUUAGAUAGAAAUUAUUAUUGAACUAAACGU